UCAAGAGGCAGACCUGACACUUCUGUUAGCUGCUAAAGCUGAGUUAAAAGAACAAGAGCCACUGAAUCACAAGGCAUUGAGAGUUCCAAGCAUAUCAGGAGGGAAGGAUUCUGACUGUCAACUUCCACCAGACACAGAAAGAAAGAAAGAAAGAAAGAAAGAAAGAAAGAAAGAAAGAAAGAAAGAAAGAAAGAACAACCCUACAUAACCAAGAAAAUAGUUCUCUAGGUCAAAAGGGUAAAAGGAAGAAGGGCAACAGGCAUGCAUGACCAACAGCAUCGAGGCAGCUGGCCAAGACCCUGGCAUAGGCUUGGCUUGGAAUAUGAAUACGACAAAUUUUUAUAUGCCGCUUUUCAAAAAAAGUUCCCAAAGUGGUAUAGAUAGAUAGAUAGAUAGAAAAUGGCUCCCUGACCCCAAAAGGCUCAUAAUCUAAAAAUGAAACAUGAUAAACACCAGCCACUGGAGGGAUGCUGUACUGUGGAUGGGCUUGGCUAAUUUCUUUAAAUCGUCAGAAGACAUUUUAUCUGCAAACUCUUUUCCUUCAUGGCAUUUCUUGUUGGAACAGUAAGCCAAGGGCUAGAGGCUCCGCGCUGAACCCAAGCUUCUCUGGCUUCAGCCUUCACAGAAAGAUACCCAUAGAGACAAAAAGCCUGUAAGCAUAAAGGCACAAUCCAGAAGGACCAGAGAGGUGACCUAAGAGUUGAUGCCCUCACAAGAAGGAACGGGACAUUUCCCACAAAUUGAGUGGCAGAGACAUUCAACAGCGUGCUGGAGGAGAGACAAAACUUAGAAGGAUGCAUAGAUAAAGGACAGAUAUUCCUGCUCAUAACAGCCACUUGCUUCAUCUUUAUUCUCUUCCAUACUCAGUGUGUGUCCUGUAACUCAUGAGAAUCUGCUCUGUUUCUACCACUUGCAUCUGCUCUUACAACAAAAGUACUUCAUCAAUGGAAAGUUGUCAAAACAUUGUGUUUGGUCAGGAGCGAUUUUGUGGUUCCGAGAAACAAAAUGGCAGCUGGAAAUGACCUCUGAAGCUGGAAAUGACCUUGCAGAUAUGCGAGGUUGACAUGAUUCUGAGGAAGCCGUACCUAUUUGUCCCUCUUCUACCCAAGUAUUCUGAUUUAUCUUCACAACAUGCGAGUAGAGGCAUUGCCUAAAAAUAAUGGUAUAGCUGGAACUCCUCCUAUCCUUCUCCAGACUGACCUAUGAAGCCAUAUCUGAUUAGCACAUCACAUAAGUGGAGACAUCCCAAUUAUUUGUCUGAAAGGAGGUGGAAAACCAAAUGCAUAAAGUAACCAAAUGCAUAAAGAAACAUAACAAGAUCCCUGCCAUUUCAGACCAAAGACCCAUCUAGUCCACCAUGCUGUUUCCAACAGUGGCCGCCAACCAGAUGCUACCAGGAAGCCUACAUAGCAGGACAUGAAGGCAACACCUCUCCUCUGUGGUAUGACUCCAGCAGCUGAUAUUCAGACAUAGGCUACCUCUGCACGUGGUGGUUAGCCAUCAUGGCUAACAGCUUUUGAUAGAACUAUCCUCCAGAAAUUGGUCAAGCUUUAUAUUAAAAAAAAUUGCCACUGAGCUCAUUGCUACUGAGGUUCUGAUCUUUCUGGAACAACCUAGAUAUCUGAGUAGAAUGAAUGAGAUUGAAUCUGAGGGUUUUAAAAACAUAUAUAUUCAUAUUCCUCUAGAACUAUAACAAGAGAUGGUAUCUUAUUCUUGACAACUUUUUAGAACAAAUGUGUCUUCCUGAUAGGGAUGGAGAAGAUCAUUGUGAGACUGCUGCAAGAAGAUAUCUGGACAACUGACUCACAAACAUCAGUACUUUUUUCCCUGAGUACUUGUAGGACAGCUGGUUAGGGGAGAAGUGAUAGUUCUCUAGCCCUCUUCAGACAUUAUGUUGUAGCUGAGUAUAGAUGUUUGUACACAGGUACAUGUUUUUGUGUGAAUGACUGUACCUCAAUUCAUUUUAAAAGUGGAUCUGGAUACAGGCCCCUCAAAUGCAUAGUACAGAUUGGAAGUGUACUGCUGUACCUAUGUUCAACAUAAUAUGUGAAUAACUGUAUCUGUGCACUGUACACUCGCUGUACAAUUCUUGAAUGUAAUGUGUGAACAGGGCUUCUGUCACCCCACCAUGAACCCCCCAGAUAAUACAGACAGUUCUCGCUCCCUUGCCCGUAAUGUGUUGAUUGGGAUUGUGCUUAUAACCCUCAUCAUUGUCACUGUCUGUGGCAAUGUAUUGGUAUGCUUGGUCGUCCGUUUCAACCAGCGGCUCCGCAGUCUGACUAACUGUUUCAUUGUUUCCUUGGCCUUCACGGACUUGCUGCUGGGCCUGCUGGUGCUCCCCUUUUCAGCCAUCUAUGAGAUUUCCUCUCACAAGUGGUCUUUUGGACAUACCUUCUGCAAGAUCUACAUCAGCCUGGAUGUCAUGCUGUGCACAGCCUCCAUCCUCAACCUCUUCAUGAUUAGCCUUGACCGCUAUUAUGCUAUCACAGCACCUCUACGCUACACCACUGUGGUCACUCCUCGACGGGUAGCUGUAACUAUGUUCCUUGUCUGGGUGGUGUCACUUAUGGUCUCCUUUGUACCUAUCCAUUUGGACUGGCACAAAACUAGUACAACCGGAAAUUCCUCUGAAGGGAAGUGCAGAUUGGAGGUCAAUCUUGGAUAUGCACUGGUGGAUGGCCUGCUUACUUUUUACCUCCCUUUGGUUGUCAUGUGCAUCACAUACUACCAGAUAUUCAAGAUAGCCAGGGAGCAAGCUAAAAGGAUCAACAACUCCAGCAGUUGCAAAACCAUCAGACAUGCAUUGCCGACUGUGAAAGAACACAAAGCCACUUUGACUGUUGCAGCUGUGAUGGGAGCCUUCAUUAUUUGUUGGUUUCCUUAUUUCACAGGGUUCCUAUACCGAGGCUUUACAGGGGAUAAAGAAGAACAGUGGCACGACAUUAUCCUCUGGCUUGGGUAUGCCAACUCAGCCUUGAACCCUAUCUUAUAUGCUGCACUUAACAGGGACUUCCGGAUAGCUUAUCAGCGGUUGCUGAGGUGUAGAAGGGUAUGGUUAGAUACCAGAGAGCCUCCACUAACACACAAGAUGAGAGACAUGUGCUGUAGACAGGUACUGACUACACAGGAAGAUAAACCUCCACAGCUGCAUAUGAGGAAUGGAAAGGAGAACCCUCUUAUCCAAGAUGGCACAGAAAGGAAUCUGAAUCCACCAUCAUCUUCUACUAUCCUGUCCUACUGUCAAAGUCUCUGGUUGACCAAGAUCCUUCCCAAGAGUGAUGUGUGGAUCCCAAUGUUUGAUGAGUCAGUGGCACACACAGCAACCCUCCGCACUCCUGACAAUUUUCUAUGAUGUCUUCUCCUGAGGCAGGAACUUGCUUACAAAGUAAAAUGUAGAGAAAAAUGCUAAGAGAGAUGGCACCUUGAAGGUUGUCACAUCGGACACAGUCUCCCAGUCUUUUCAAGGUGGCUUGCUGUGCAAGGACUUGGAUUUUGCUGUAAGACCUUUGAUUGUGAUAUGUGGUAUGUGUCCAUAUGUGCACAAGCAAAUAUGUGAAGGUCUGUGUGCCUGUAUGUUUAUGUGUGUGCACAACCAGGAAACAAAACUUCCAUCCACUUCCUUGUUGAUUGUUCAAGAUUCUUCGUAUCCCAAAUGCCAGAGAAACCAGAAGAAAGACAUGGAGUGAAAUCCUGGCUUCAGAGGAGCCUGUGGAACCCUCAAAAGAGCACUAAAAUAAUACUAGACUUCCAAUCUCUCACCAGGCGUACUGUCAGAGUUUUCUGGUCCCAGUGUUAUUUUUCUUUUCCUUCAUUGAUCCUGAGCACUCACCUUUAAUGCACAGUUGGCUGCUCAGACUCUUUCCCUCCUUCUUGCCCUAAUAAUCAGUCAGCAGACUGGUUGAUAACCUGCUGUUUGUCAGGCACUGACACAGGGGAGAGAUUUGGAUACUAAGACUGCAAGGAGGAAACUAAUAGGGCCAUGUUUGGAGGGAGAAGGACACUGCUCUUUUUGCAUGGCCCCAACACCAUCACUUCUCUGUAUUCAUUGUAGUUUGACUUUUAAUAGGACAGCCUGUAUAGUUCAGGUUUAUGCCCUGAAGAAAUUUCUUUUAUUGACAGUAUUUAAAGUGCAGUCAGGUUUGGCGGGGGGGAGUUGUUUUGUUUUUUAAGAUCAUUUGUGGUUUCCAAAGCAUCUGGUACAGUGCAUAUGACAAAAACUGAGAGUUUUGCAUAUUUAAUACAUGUUUGCUUCCAGAAUUAAACUAUGGUUGGCUCCUAAUUGUCAAAAUAUUGGUUGCGUAUAUUUCCAUUCAAAAACACCACUGGGGGGAAAAAUCAAGAGAUUCCAAGUAGAAAGAAAAAUGCUUAAAUGUUGUCACAUUUUCCCUCUUUAUGUCCCAUAAUAAAAUGACCUGCACUUUGCAC